GAACAAAACAUACAGCCAUGCAAGGGAGAAUAUUCAACCUUAACCUCUCAAAUCAGAUUUUUUUUUUCCCCCUCCAAAUUUCGUGAUGAUUUUCUUUUUUAUUAUUAUUUUUUUACAUGAUGGUUUCAAUCAAUUGACCCUAGAUGCUGAAACUCUUUUUAUAUUGGGACAAGGACUUCCAAUUCCACAAUAGUACAUAUAGACCCAAACCAUUUGGCAAAACCAUUAUCUACACCUGGAGUACAUACUUAUUCCAACUUCAUCAAGGAGACUUGGCAGCAGCUAUCAAUAGAAAGAGUUGAUGGGAAGGUGAUGAUGGAGUACAUAGGAGCCACCGGCAUCCCGGUGAGUUUCACCGGCGUUCCGAUCGAACGCAAGAUCGACUUCCACUUCCUUCUAAGCUUCGCCAUCGAUGCAGAUCCCUCCGGGAAGCCUCAAAAUGGCAUCUUCUCCCCCUGCUGGGCCUCCACUCUCACCCCAACAGCUGUCCAAGCUGUCAAAGCUCACCAUCCUAAUGUGAAGGUCAUGGCAAGCCUCGCCGGCUGGAGUCUUGGUAAGAAGAUUAUUCACUGGUACAAGCCGGCCGACCCACAGCUGUGGAUUGCCAAUGCCUUCACCUCCCUCCAGUCCCUUGCAACAAGAUACCACCUUGAUGGUAUCGACAUCGACUACGAGAACUUCCCAAAGAAUGACACCUCUUUUGCUUUCUGCAUUGGAGAAUUGAUCACCAUGCUUAAGAACCAGAGUGUGAUCACAGUUGCCACCAUUGCACCAUAUUAUAAAACUGUUGGUAAUUAUUUGGACUUGUACCGGCAAUACAGUGGUGUCAUAGACUAUGUCAAUCACCAGUUUUAUACUGACCGAGUGAGGAUGCCAACGGGCUACUUGAAGGCAUUCAAGCGAAGGGCCAGGCAGUUCAAUGCAACCAAGUUGCUGCCGAGCUAUGAGGUGAAAGGGAGGGGGAUACAAGGGGAUGCCUUCUUUGAGGCAUUGAAGCUGUUGGAGAGCAAUGGCUUCGAGGUUAAUGGGGUGAUGAUCUUCUCGGCUGAUGCCUCCUCAUCCAAUGGAUACUACUAUGAGAGGAAAUCUCAGGCCUUCUUGCUUAAUUCUACUGCUAAUGGGAAUGUUGGUUGGAGUACUGUAAGGGAUGGUUAGUUGAUAAGGUUGAGAACAUUGAUUCUGUUGUCUUUUUUUUUUCUUUAGGGGAAAAGGAGGAUGUAAAUAAUUUCCCCAGUUUAUUAAAAUAAAUUAAAUAUGUACAAAAGAAGAAUGUACUAAGAUGCCUCUUGACUGGGAGGAAAUGUAAUCAAUGGUUAUCUAUUGAGGAAGAAAGGCUUCUACGA